AUGUCGUCCUACUUAUCCAAGCUACUGGUGUAUACAACAUCGACGUACAGCACAAUACAUCGCACACUCUUCUCUACCGAGGACGAUGGCUACGCUGAAGACGGCACGCGUAUCGGUCAAGUCCUCCGCGCGUGCUACACCGAGAACGGUCAGCCCUUAGACACCAGCGCCAGCGCCAGCGCCACCAUCACGACCGGAACAGGCGUUCAGGUAGACCGCCUCACCCAAGGCCAGGAUCCAGACAAAACGGGAGGCAAAGGCCUUCUCGACUUACCAGCUGAGAUCUGGAGCAAGAUCGGCAAGCUCGUGAUCGACGACGAGCGUCCCACCAAGUCUAUCAUCAUCUUCGCCAUGCGUGCAGGUAUUACAAACGAGCAGCCUGCCAUUACUUGCGCAUGCAGGGACCUCCGCGGCGAGCUCCUCCCAUACCUUUACCAGACAAAGUAUCAGCUCGACCUCUCCUAUCUCGAUCUUGAUUGGUGUAUGGACGACGUUGAGAUCAUUGGAACAUAUCUUCGUGCGAUGAGACCGUCUGAUCGCCAGCACAUCCGCAUGGCGUGGAUGGAUGGUAUGAAGAGGGGCAAGAGGGGACACCAGAAGAAGCUGGCCAAUGCUUGGGGUGUGGCUAUCGAGUUUCAUCCUGUCGACUGUCCAAGCCCGACGGGUCCAGAUGGUGCGCGAUACCAGAUCAAGUUCUUGUGA